AUAUAAUUAAAUUGAAAAAUUAUCAUUUAAAAAUAAUAACAUGUUUAAUUUUUAAUUAUAUGUAAUUAUCAUACUAAAUUAAUUCAUUAAUAAAUAAAUAUAUAGAUAAAAUAAAAAAAAAUAUUAUUAUUUUGAAAAAAAAAUAUAUAAUAAUAAAAUAUUCAUAAUGUUUGAUGUGAUUAGGAAAAUUGCUUGGAUUUUCGUAAUAAUUUUAAUAACAGUAGCUGCAAUACCUGAAAUUCCUUCAAAAGGAAAACAACUAACCAGAAUAUCAGACACACAGUCAGCCAACGAUGAUAGUAUGCCUAGAUUUGCUGAACCUAUACCAAAUGUUACUGUAUCAGUUGGGAGAGAUGCUCUACUGGCUUGUGUUGUUGAAAACCUUAAAGGAUACAAGGUAGCAUGGGUACGAGUCGAUACACAAACAAUAUUAUCAAUACAUCACAAUGUGAUAACACAAAAUUCUCGUAUAAGUUUAUCAUACAACGACCAUAGAUCUUGGUAUUUACAUAUAAAGGAAGUUGAAGAAACAGAUCGUGGAUGGUAUAUGUGCCAAGUAAAUACAGAUCCAAUGAGAUCAAGGAAAGGAUAUCUUCAAGUUGUAGUGCCUCCAAUGAUAAUUGAAAGUAUGACAAGUAACGAUAUGGUAGUUAGAGAAGGUACAAAUGUAACCUUAAUGUGUAAAGCACGCGGUUACCCAGAACCUUAUGUUAUGUGGAGAAGAGAAGAUGGUGAAGAAAUGAAUAUUGGUGGUGAAAAUGUAAAUGUUGUUGAUGGAGAAAUAUUGCAAAUAACAAAAGUGAGCCGAUUGCAUAUGGCAGCAUAUUUAUGUGUUGCAUCGAAUGGUGUGCCACCAUCUAUCAGUAAACGCGUUCAUUUACGCGUACAAUUUCCACCAAUGCUGUCAAUAGCAAAUCAAUUGGAAGGUGCAUAUGUUGGACAAGAAGUAACAUUGGAAUGUGAAACGGAAGCGUAUCCAGCUUCAAUCAAUUAUUGGACGACAGAACGGGGUGAUAUGAUUAUAUCAGAUACAUCGAGAGCUGGUGAUAAAUUUGAGACGACAUCGUUAACACGAGGUUAUCAAAAAUUUAUGAAAUUAAAAAUACGUAAUGUGGGACCAAAUGACUUCGGUUCAUACAGAUGCGUUGCAAAAAAUUCACUUGGGGAAACCGAUGGAAUCAUUAAAUUAGAUGAAAUACCAACGCCAACAACAGCAAUUGCAUCCGGUGAUAGCACAAUGUUCAAUCGUACUUUAGCAGGGAAACGACCACAUAACCGGAAAUUUGAGCCAAACGCGAUACCAGACUAUGGUCUCGAAGAAUGGAAAGAUGGCGGAGAUUCAAAUCAACCGCCAUCAGUUCGUCAUCCCCCAGGUGCUUUUCAUAAUAAAGCAUCAUCAGGAUAUUCUAUAAAUUCACAUUAUCAUUUUAUACCAUUCUAUUGGUUAAGACGACCUUUCGAUGGUAUUAAAUCAUCAACGUUAUCCUUAAUAACAACAUCAUUUUGGUGGCUAGGUGAUAUAAAAACAUUAAAAUCAACAACAAUUAUAUCAAGAAAAAAUAUGAUAUCAUCAACAAUAUUGAUCCUAUCACCUGAUAACAACAGCUAUUAUAAUAUUGUUGAUAAUAAUAAUGAUGAUAUUGUUGAUGACAAAAAUAACCUUGAGAAAUUUGUUGAACAUCAGAACAACAAAACAAUACAAAAUUUAUUACAAGAAAUAGAAACAGAAAAACAAGCUGAAGGAAUACAGAAGGAAACAACUCAAAAUAUAUUUAAAGAAAAUGUUAUUAUAACACCUAACCCAACAGCACAUACUUUCGAACAAACAACGACAGCAUCAACCAGAAAUAACAAUUGUGAUGGUUAUUAUUGCAAUAGUAAAGAAUAUCGUAACGUUUUCUCAGUUGAAAUAAUUAAUAAUAAUAUUAAUAAUGAUACUGAAGUAAAUAUUGUUGGAUAUAAAAAUGUUACUUCUAUUGCUGUUGAUACCACAAGAACAACUUUUGACAAAAUUCAUAACACUCCCAUUGCUUCUACAACAAUUAUUUCAACAUAUUGUAUUGAUAAUGAUAAUAUUGAUGAUGAUUUUAUAUUAUUUCUAAUUCAAAUAUUAAAAAGAAUAUCAUUUAUUUUAUGUGAAAAAAUAAAUUUUCAUAUCAUAAAGAUAAUAGAAUUUAUACGAAUGAAUUUUCAUAUUUUCAUAAUGCUAGCAUUAAAUUUGAUUAGUGUUAAUUUAGUAAAAAAUAUUUUAUUAGUACCAUUUAUGAUAAAAUCAACAGAGGUACCAUUAUUUAAAUCAGCAUCAUUCCUAUCAUCGCCAUCUUCCCUAUCAUCGCAAACAUCUUCAACAACUACAUCAUCAUCUACAUCAUCAAAUGUAGUAAAAACAUCAUUAUUAGCUAUAAAUUCAACAUUUAAGUUAGAAAAAAUUAUAGAAAAAGAUACUAAUAAAAGGAUAUCAAUGUCGACAUCAUCAUUAUUACCAUCAAUAUCAACACCAUUAUUAUUAUCAAAUUCAAUAGUAAAAGAAAAUUUCAAUGAAUAUAAUAGCAUUAAAAGCAGCGACAACAGUCACUUUUUAAAUAAAACAUUUAAUAAUUCUUCUAGAAGUUUUUCUAGGUGUUCAAAUAAUAAUAUCAACACUAUCAUUACCACCGACACUAGUAUUUAUGAACAUAAUAAUAUUAUCAUUAUCAAUGAUAAAAAUAUUUUCAACAAAAAUAAUAUUAAUAAAAAUAUCAGCAUAAAUAAAAGUUAUAAUUUAAAUGAAAGUAUAAAAAUGUCAAAACCAAAUAUUUUAGAACAAAAUAUAGCAACAACUACGAGAACAACAAUAAAACUGAGUAAAAUAUCAAGAGUGAAUAGAUGAAAAAUCAUUCCCAAAGGGUAACUUAGUAUCAAAUAUUUUUAGUUAAAAUUAAGGGACAAAAGAAUUAUUUAUAAAUUUAUUUAAUAUAUUAAGAAAAUAAAUAACAAAGGAAACAAACUAUAGAUAUUACUAUUAAAAAUUAUAUGUGGACGUGUACAUAAAAUUUAUUAUUAUCAAAAUAUAAAAUUAAAUAUAUACAAGAACAUUAUUACAUUACACUUAUACUUUUUGUUGUAAUAACUUAAACUUUAAAAAUGAAAACUUUUGUACGUGUAUAUUAAAUUGUUUAAUUUUUAUGAUGCUUAAAUUACAGAAAUUUUUUAUUUUACAACGAUUGAAGCUAAGAAAAAAAAACUAUUCUAUAUAUAGUGUUAAAUUGCUUUUGUAUAGAAAGGCAUCGGUUUUAUAUUAUGGAAAGUUAAACUCUACUCGUUGUUUUCAAUAUAUAUUUCUUUCGCGUUAUAAAGUAUUUGUAAUUUUACAAAUAAUUUUUAAUAAAAUAAUUAUUAAAAAGGAAACCAAUUGAUAAAGAAUGUCCACUUGAACUCUUUAUACAGAUUUUAUUAACACACUUAAAAUUAUUAAAAAAAAUUAUUAAAAAUUUGCUUAAAAAUGGUAUUAGCCUAUCUUAAUAUCAUUUGUCUGGAAAAUUAAAACACAUAAUUGGUUUUUAAUUACGGAAACGUGUUUGUAAUGAACGCGCAAAGAAUUUCCACUUUCAUUUAUGAUUUAAUUCAAUUUUAUGAAUUCAGUUAUAAAUUUAUCUUACGACAAUCGGAUUUAAUUCGAUCUCAAUAAUGGAAAGUUGUAAUAGUUUUACAAACACUGUACCUAAAAUUUGUAUAAAUGGCAUGCAAUUUUACUUUUACUUUAAUUUUUAUUUUGACAAUUUGCCCAA